UGCCCCCCGAGAGAGGACCGCUCUCCAGUCUCCUCCCCACCCACCACACCAGUGUGCCCAACCUAGCAUGGGCCCUGCCCUUGUCCUCCUGAUCCUCCUGGAACUGGCAGGCCAGAUCAAGGCAGAUGGUGACCUGGACGUGGUGCAGAGGCAGGAGGGUGAUUGCAUCUCUCUGGAAUGCCACUAUCCGCUGCAGCACUCCCGGGCACAGAAGAUCUGGUGCCGGGUGUCCACAGAGGGGGAGUGCCCGCCGCUGGCCUCUUCUGCGGUGAACAGGGGGAGCCCGCCUAGGAGCCGGGCACGGCUAACGGACCUGGGCAGAGGCUAUAGCGUGGUGACUAUGAAUGCCCUGAAGCCUGGGGACAGUGGAGAGUACAAGUGCAUGGUGGACACCACCCCCCAGUCACUGACUGUCAGGAGGGUCUCUCUGCAGGUCUCCCCCAGGGGUGAGGAUAUGGUCGGGGCAGCCCGGGGGCCCAGAGGGCUUUGUCCUGGGAAUCAAGGGGGUCUCAGUCUUGGGGGGGGAGCACUGAGGGCAUUCACGGGAAGUGUGGGGGGAGGGGAAGGAGGAGCCUUUCCCCAGCCUCAUAUCUGGGGGAAGGAAGCUGCUUCCUGGACUGUGGUUGGAGAUAAUUGA